AUGGCUACUGGCUUACAUGGAUGCAGCAACGCAUGGAGGAGUCACAACACCAUUAUGACUGGUCCCGUUUCUUUGAGGCUGCUCUAUAGCUACCGACAGGCAAAAAGGAACAAAGUUGGUGAAACAACAACCCUUUCAAUACUGGGAACGUCAGAUUUCGAAACUAUAUCUAAGCAACACCGCGCUACCUUUCCUUGUUCACAACUUAACCCUUGGUCCUUCGCCGUUUUUAGCUUUGAUUUGAUGCCGAGACCUUCAAUGGUUGUCAUUCAACUCCGAACAUUAUCUCUGGCCGAGGCCCAUGACUCGCAUCAUGGAGACCUGAUUUGGCGUAAUCCCGCUCCACCGAGAGAGCAAUCUGUCAUGGUUUCGUUAGAUCGGCUCAAUAAGUUCUCAUCGGAUCACCAAUUUGAUCUCUUCCCCACAUUGUGGGGAAGCUUUGCUCUGUCAUCAUCGUUAUUUAACUCUCUUUGGGCGAAAGCGUGGAACAAAAGCCGUUGCCCCACACUAGAAAAGCCUCCAAUCAUUCAGAUUGUCAUGGCGGAAGUUAUUGGUGCUUGGCACGUAAUUUGGCAGCGGAGCUUUAUCAGGCACCUCAAGUACGAAUCUUCUGGGGCUUGCGAAACCGGAUUGACAUUUGUCGCUCAUCACAUUUUAGCACAUGAGCUAUACCAGGAGUCGAGUAUACGAUACGUAGUUUUACUCUGUGUAGUAUUUCUCGCGCCUUCAACUGUACAAUACAUGCGGCGUUGGGACGAGGCGACGAAUGAAUAA